UCAAUCCACUUUCUCACUGACUACCUCAGUCUUGGUGCGCUGCGCUCUCACACGCUCACUGUUGCUCUCUCUACCCAUCUCUCUCUCUCUCACACGCUCACUGUUGCUCUCUCUACCCAUCUCUCUCUCUCACGCUCACUGUUGCUCUCUCUACCCAUCUCUCUCUCUCUCGCGCUGACUGUUGCUCUCUCUACCCAUCUCUCUCUCUCUCUCGCGCUUUCUGUCUCUCCGUAUUCCUCUUUUAUCCUUUUCUUCUCAUCUCUCUCUCUCUCUCUCUCUCUCUCUCUCUCUCUCUCUCUGUUUCCUCUCAUUCUGUUUCCUCUCUCUUUCUCUCUCCUUUCUUCCUCUCUCUCUUUCUCUCUCCUUUCUUUCUUUCUUUCUCUCUUUCUCUCUCUCCUUUCAUCCUCUCACUCUAUCUGUAUCCUCUCUGUCUUUCUCCUCUGACACUCAAACACAUACACACCCAACCUGCGGUACAGUACCUGUGAGUAGCGCAGUGUGUCUGGCCGAGCCAGAAGUGUUUUUCUAGCGAGGAGCAGGACAAGACAGGACAGAGGUGUUUUUUUCUAGUGAGGAGCAGGACAAGACAGGACAGAGGUGUUGAAGAGACCGCUGACAGAUUGACGGACUGCUCACAGGAAGUGAUGAGGAUGAACUGACUCUUUCUGGAAUGCUAAAGCUGGACUGUGAUGGAUGUUUCUGAGCGGUGUGUCCCCCUCUGUUAUCAGGACCAGUAGGUUGCUGAGCAGGAUGCCCUCUGACCUCCAGGAGUGUCACCUGACCUCCAGCUGUGGCUCCUACAUCAAAACCGAGCCCUCCUCCCCUUCCUCCUCAUUGGUUGACACCGUCAGUCACCACAGCCCCUCGGCCAAUAGCGACGCCAGCAGCGGCUACGUCAACGUAAACAACCUCAACGGACGCUCGCACAUCCUCGACUCCCAGCCCAUGUUCAACCCGGGCAUGCUGGGAGGGGGCGGAGCCUGUCUCCGGCGCUAUGACGACUGCGGAGUGGGCAUGACAGAUGAUUCACCGAUCAAGUGCGAGUAUAUGUUGAAUGCGAUUCCGAAGAGGCUGUGUCUGGUGUGUGGGGAUAUCGCAUCAGGUUACCACUAUGGGGUCGCCUCCUGUGAGGCCUGCAAAGCCUUCUUCAAAAGGACCAUACAAGUCAGCAGACGCUCUAAUCCAGAGCAACAUACAAGGAACAUAGAGUACAGCUGUCCGGCAACAAACGAGUGUGAGAUCACCAAGAGGAGACGCAAGUCCUGCCAGGCCUGUCGCUUCAUGAAGUGUCUCAAAGUAGGCAUGCUCAAAGAGGGUGUGCGUCUGGAUCGUGUGAGGGGUGGAAGACAGAAGUACAAGAGGAGAAUGGGCGACACGGAGAACGGGGCCUAUCUAGGCCUGACACUUCCUCCUCCUGCCAAAAAGCCAUUGACAAAGAUUGUGUCUCACCUUCUGGUGGUUGAACCAGAGAAGAUCUAUGCCAUGCCAGACCCGACCAUGCCAGACGGAGACAUCAAGGCCCUGACCACACUGUGUGACCUGGCUGACAGAGAACUGGUGGUCAUCAUCGGCUGGGCCAAACACAUCCCAGGAUUCUCCAGCCUGUCUCUGGCAGACCAGAUGAGUCUACUGCAGAGUGCCUGGAUGGAGAUCCUGGUCCUGAGCAUCGUGUUCCGCUCGUUGGCCUGUGAGGAGGAGCUGGUAUAUGCUGAGGACUAUGUGGUGGAUGAGGAACACGCUCGUCUAUCUGGCCUGCUGGACCUGCACGUUGCCAUCCUGCCUCUGGUCCGACGCUACAAGAAGCUGAGCAUGAAGAAAGAGGAGUUUGUCACGCUCAAGGCCAUCGCCCUCGCUAACUCAGACUCCAUGCAUAUAGAGGAUGUAGAGGCUGUUCAGAGGCUCCAGGACUCUCUCCAUGAGGCAUUGCAGGACUUAGAAGGUGCCCACAACACGGAGGACCCUCGGCGGGCAGGAAAGCUGCUGAUGACCCUUCCCCUGCUCCGUCAGACCGCGGCCAAGGCCGUGCAGCACUUCUACAGCAUCAAGGUGCAGGGGAAAGUGCCCAUGCACAAACUCUUCCUGGAGAUGCUGGAGGCCAAGGCUUGAUGAUUGGACCGGGGGAUUGACGGACAGCUGCAUCACCCAAUGAGGAGGAUGGACAGCCUGUGAAUAGGUGGGGUAACACCAUGGAGACCUAUGACAGCUACGGGAUGAAGUCGACUGCUGUUACUGGGGAUCGAAACCCACGUCUAGAACUGAAGAAAAGAGGAAUAGAGCAAGAAAAGUGACCAACAGAUUUUAGGGGUGAAUAUAAAACGCUUUGAUGUAGAAUAUAGUCAUGUAUAUGAAGAUGAUGUGUACAGAACUGUGGGUCUUGUUAUAAUCAGAGACCCUUCGCUCUAGAUCACCGGUAUCUACUGGGAGUUAUCUUUCUCUUUUUGUUUUAUAAUCUCAGUUGUAAAGAGAGGUUUGUUUUGUUUCUUUUCACCUUGAAGCUGAAGUAUGACUACUAAAUGUUGUGAUGAAUCUGAAUGGUUAGAGCCACUCAGUUAUCUUUCUCUUUUGUUUUAUAAUCUCAGAUGUACAGCAUUAUUCUGGUAUAUAUAUGUAUGUACGGUUGUGUCAAAUUGCAGUGUUAAAGGGGUUUGGGGAUGAUUUCAUAUUAUGUUCUUCAUCAAACCUCAAAGAAACAGAUCCCUACACCUAUGAAGAUAAAAGCUUCUGAAGUCUUCCUAACCAGAUCUGGGUUCAGAUUCAAUUGAAAUCUUUCAGAAUAUUUUGAACGUUUGAUUGAGUCUGCCUGGAGUGCCAUAUCGGUGAGAUUUGCCCUUUUGGGACUAUACCAUUAAUUCAGUUGGUCAAGCAAACUCAUUCCGAAUACCAUUUGAACCCAUGUCUGUUCGUCACAUUUACCUCCUAGUUUCAUCAACAACAGUGUUCCGUCCAAGUCUGGAGUUUAGGAAGGGAUGGAGUGCACUCUUCUCAAAAUAUAUAUAUAUUCUCUCUAUAAUCUAAAAGGGUUCUUUGGCUGUACCAGUAGGAGAACUCUUUCAAAAACCAUUUUUGGUUCAAGGUAGAGCUCUACCUGGAACCCAAAAGGCCUGUACCUGGAACCCAAAAGGGUUCUACUUGGAACCAAAAAGGGUUUUCCUAUGGAGGCAGCUGAAUAAUUAUUUAUUUUUAUUUAUUUUUACCCUUUUUAAAUCUAAGAGUGUAGUGAACUGGUGAGCAUAUAUAGUUGUAGGAUCUUAAUUUGAUCACCCUGUCUCAGGAUAACUUUAUUGCAAUGCAGGAAAAUAAACACUUGAGUACUUUGCAGGAAAUUAAAAACUUGAGUAAUUGAGGUUUAAAACGGCUUCUGGCAUUUUUAAUUUCCACUUUGAAAUUUCAGACUUGAUUUUUCCUUACAAUUUUUUUUAUCAACCACUACAAAAAUGUCCAUUAAUUAUGAUCCAUAUAAUAAUUAACAUUUCCUGUUGCCGCAGGAUUCGUUCCCUGCUGUAGCAAACUGGCUCAAAUUAAGAUCCUACAUCUGUACAGUAGUUAAAUAACAUGUUGCACUGUGUCUCUGGGUCCGAGGUAAUAAUGGGGCACUAAUGAAUGUAGUACAUUAGCUCAUUCUCACUGGUAGUAUCUGCUCAUCACUACUGCUUUUACAUACUAAAGACACCUAAGCAAAAUGUGUGUGUGUGUGAAGUGAAUCAGCGGCGGCUGCUGAGGGGAGGAUGGUUCAUAAUAGCUGGAACGAAGUGCAUAGAAUGGCAGCAAACACAUGGAAACCAUAUUUGAUACCAUUCCACCUAUUCCGCUCCAGCAAUUACCACGAGCCCCUCAUGCCGCCAACCUCCUGUGUGUGUGUACAUUUCAGUUAACACUUAUAACACUACAAAGAACACUUAUAACACUACAAACAACACUUAUAACACUACAAAGAACACUUAUAACACUACAAACAACAAUAACAUACUGUAUGGACUCAGACCUUUAGUCAAUAACAUACUGUAUGGACUCAGACCUCUAGUCAACAACAAUAACAUACUGUAUGGACUCAGACCUCUAGUCAAUAGCAUACUGUAUGGACUCAGACCUCUAGUCAACAACAAUAACAUACUGUAUGGACUCAGACCUCUAGUCAAUAACAUACUGUAUGGACUCAGACCUCUAGUCAACAACAAUAACAUACUGUAUGGACUCAGACCUCUAGUCAACAACAAUAACAUACUGUAUGGACUCAGACCUCUAGUCAACAACAAUAACAUACUGUAUGGACUCAGACCUCUAGUCAACAACAAUAAC